CAAAACAAGUUAAAUACGGUUGCUUAUGUUAGUAGGAAACAAACGAAGGUCGUAAUAUCAUAUGCCUAACCAACAUGGGCGAAUUAACGGGUUCCGAAAAUCGUGUUGAUAUCGCGAGCGUGGACAAUCUAAAAACUCUCAUUCGAAAUAUUGCCAAGGUGAACGCUAGUGAGAUAACAACUACGAACUUGUUUCCUACGAGCUUAUUCCUCUGGAUGCGAAAAACGGACAUUUAGGGGAAUAUUUCCAACUAAAGAUCGACAUCACGCAAAAUGCUGAAUCCGAAAGGCUGGAUGUUUUUGCCAAAUUAAUCAACAUCAACCACUCGCUACUGAAGGAAGUGCUGGAACGUGGACCUUCGAAGAAGGAAGAAUUCUUCUACAUGGUAUUGUUGCCCAAAAUGCGCCAGCUCGGCAUGGGAGAGUUGCUGGAUUUUGCGCCCAACUGCUACCUUUCACGGGUGGACGAUAUUUUGGUCUUGGAUGAUCUCACCUUAGCAGGCUUUGUGUGUCUCACUCCGAACAUCAAGCUGGAUUAUAGCGCGCUUAAAGUGGCCACCCGACAAUUCGCCAAACUUCACGCCUGCAGCCUUAUCAUGGAAGAAAUCCUGUCCAAACAGGCAGGCAAGCGGGUCACAUUGUACGAUCUAUACAGCGAGUAUCUUCAAGAGGUGCUGUUUCUUCCGGAUGUGCCGGAUAUGAAGCGGGGCUUCCAAGGAGCUACUAACAAUAUUGUGUACAUUGGCACAAAGUUUCCAGAGAUCGCAGGGAAGUAUACCAGUGAGGAAUUGAAGAAGAAGGUCCAGAAAGGCUGGGACCUGGCUGUGGAGAGGAUUAAGGCCUCAAAAAAAGUGAAAAAUGUAAUCUGCCAUGGAGAUGUGCACGUUGCGAACAUGCUAUUUAACUUGGGGGCAAAUAACGAAUGUGAGUCGGUAAAACUCAUCGACUUCCAGCUGCUGCGCUACUGUCCUCCCACUCAUGACCUGAUGUUCUUUUUGUACCAAAACACCGUUAAAUCCACUUUAGACCAAUAUAAACCCGAACUGAUUGAGGAAUACUACAACGUCCUUUCAGGCAGUUUAGAAAAAUUCAACCUGACUGUCAAUGAACUGUACCCCAGAGAGGAAUUCGAAGAAAGCCUGAAACUGCUCAAAGUCCAAGCCAUUUUCCACGCCUUCCUCUACUCGCCCAUGCAGAGUCUGGACCCAAAGCUGCGUGAAAAGCUCUUCAGCGACCCAAAAUCAUUUGAGAAACUCAAAGAAAAUCGAUUUGGGCUCAUCGAUAUUGGCUUGGAGCUGGAGAGUUACAGGGAGGUGAUGAAGAGCCUGUUGUCGUAUGUUAUUGAAUUAUGCGAUGCUGGAGAAAUAUAAGAAUUAAGUUUAUAUUAGUGGUUGUAAAUAUACGUUUUAUUUUCAAA